AUUUGUGGCCAUUUCCUCCUGUCGCAGAGGAGAAGGUUGUGAAUGAGUCUCACUCCAGGUCUUGCAUUGAUGAGAGCAGGCAUCGUUCUGGUCCAGCCUGAGUAGGAUGCGGUUGUCUUCCGUAAGUAGCUCUGCAGCAGGGGUGUCAAACUCUGGGCCAAGUCCAGAUUGUGUGGCUCAUUGCAGGUCAGAUCCAGCCCAAUGCAGUGGCAGCAGCUUGGGCACCUCCAGCUCUGGGGCAAGGAAUAGGGCACACAGCAGAGGUUCCUCCAGCAUGGGAAGGCAGCAGGGCCAGUGGAGAAGGUAGUAGGACUGUGGUAGUGCAGACAGGCUAAGCAGCCAGAUGGUGACCAGGGCUGUAUCAGCCCUCACUCACCCUCCUGCUGCUGCUUAUCAUGUGCACUAGAACCCAAGGGCCUGGACUCUGGCAGGCCACACCCCAGGCUAUGUCCCCCAACUUCCAGUGGCCGACCAGUAGCCUAUGGACUGGAUGGAGUAGCUAUGUUCAACACCCCUGCUCUACAGCAUCCUUCUACAAGAAGUGUUCUUGACUUUUAGCAGCUGCAAAGCAAACAAAGAACUGAACUUGUUUAUAAAAAUAACAUUCAUUCAUCAUAUGCAUGAUAUACAUUUUAUCAAUUAGGAUCAACAGCAACAGAUGCCCACUGAAAAUCCUGGUUUGUUGGGAUGAUCAGUUCUGACAUUAUUUUAGUCUCUUCCAUACAUGUGUCUGAUUCAAAUGACUAUCUCCUGCAGGAAAUAUCCCUGCCAGAAACCUGUGUGAGGAUUUGAGGAAGGAGCCACAUACAGGUGCUGAAUUCCUGAAUUUCCAAAGUACACUUAGGCAAAUGUCCUGUUUCAGUAAAGCGUCCUGCCCCAGGUUGCUGUUGUUACAUGAACACCAGAUUUGCUAGCCAGCUUAUCUUCCCUGUUUCAGCCGAGCUGUCGAUUGGAAAGCUUGUGCAAUCUCGAACAAGAGACCUGGACGGCAAUGACCUUCAUGACAAAAUACUAGUUACUGCACAUCUUAGUAACUGCUCUUUGAGCACUGGCCUGAUGCAAGCUCUGUAGUUGUAUGCAUACACCAGGGGAAAAACAUUGUUAAGUGCUCAGUCCUUCAUCAGUAAAGGUCUCAUGGCCUGUUGUAUUCAGCCUGUGGUAGCAGGUGUUCUGCUGACUCUAGACUUGAAGCUCAAAUAAAGGGUGGAUUCAAUCAUUGGCUCUCAUCUUAGAACUUCAGCAGUGUCUGGGCUCUUCAUUUAUGGCAAUUUAACACUCAACAAAAAUGAAAGCAAGAACACAGCAAACUCUACCCACAAGUCAGUGGGCAAGACCGAGACUCCAGGAUCUGAAUGUUCCCUACAAACUUGUUUGUACAGAGAUGCUUGCAAAUUUGGCUGCACAGCAUUAUUUCAUAUUUAUCAUUUGUGACUUCCUAGUUUUCCAGUGUCCUUGCAGAGCCUGUAAUUGCUAAGUACAAAGUGGUGGGGAACAGCAAUGGUAUGUGUUAUUAGUCAACAGGUGGAUACUUCUACCCCAUUCAUUUCUGGAGUCUGGUUAUCUCAGAAGUCAAAAGCUGUGCUGCCAGACUCGGAUAUUGUAAGUACAGCUGUGUUGUCUGGCUCAGCAUCCUAUGACCCUGGGCAAGUUGCUUCCCAUCUCUGUUUCCCUUCUCACAGGCCAUGUGUCUAUUUAGAAUGUGAGCCCUGUAACCUGUGGCUGUGUCUCUGGCCAUUGCCUUCUGGCACAACAGGUCUCUGAUAUUGGGGUCCUAAAGUGCUACCACAAUUUGACUUGGCCAAUAUAAAUAGCCCAAGAAUAGCCGUGUAGUAACUGUCACAACCCAAAGUUGUGAUAUUUUUUGUUUGUGUGCGCUUCGGCACUGCUAAAUUAUUUUUCACGCUAAAUUGCAGCUUCUUUGCACGGUGGAGUUUUCUGCUGUAGAAGAGAACCCCGGUGCAACAGAGAAUUUCCCGCCAAUUUGAAGCUUUCUUUGCAUGGUGCAUUUCUUUUGCAUCUAAGAAAUGCACGGUGCAAGGAGUUCCUGCCAUUUGUAUGAAGAUUCGUGCCACAUUAUUGGCCGAUUCUAAUAUAUGCACACGUGACGGCUAGCGAUUGGCUUGCUAGCCGUAUAAAGAGCUUGGGUGGCUUCUGCCCAAGUUGGAGAGAAAUCAGUUGGAGAGAGAGCGAGAGGGAGAGCGUGAAGAUCUCUAAGCGCUGCGGAUCCUCGUGGACCCAACGCAUUUCUUAAAAGGCAAUAGAGGCUUGAACAGCCUCUAGCCUCUCCCCGUCGCCGAUAAAUUCCUAGACGUAUCCCUUCCUGUACGAGAAACUACCGAACCCGUGGAGCUUCAACAACUCUGGGGAAAAGAAUGAAUUUGUCGUAGUCCUCUAACGAGGAUUUAAGCAGAGCUGAACCUGGAAACUGUCCAGCCUACACCACGACCAUCUUUGGUGUAAGUAAACAAUCUUUAAAUCAACCACUACACAUCUGUGACUAAUUCUAGCUCACCCCCGGUCUUCUCCGACCCCGCGUGCCGGGCUGCUGGCCACAGCCCGCGUGCGCAAAGACGGGCCCGGAUUGCCCCCGGCCCGCACGUGGCGACGAGGAUGGGAUCAGGAGAAGACACGUUAGAGCUAGAAUUGGUUAAGAACUGCCCUUGGUGCGAUAACCAACGCCAAGUGAAAAGCUUUGAAGAACUGGAGGUGCAUAUGGCUUACCACCAGGCGGGCAGAACAGGUGAAAGAUUUGUAAACAGACGCCUGUUGCUAAAGGGAGAAGAGGGAGUCUCCGAAGACGGAGCCCCGAGAGAGAGGGAAGUGUAUUUGUUCCCCGCGGCGUUCGGGUGUAUAAUGAGAGACAAGCGGGUCCUGUUCAGGCCUCUCGAUACUGUGUCCCUCGCCAGACCCAACCCGGCGGGCGAAGCAAACCCGACCUUCACCCGGUAGGGUGCCCGAUGCCUACGAUAUGCUCGGGAGAGUGAAGAACCGGUGCCAAUCGGCCGGUACCCUCCCCUCAUGGCAGCUAGAUUAAGGGGUCGCGAGCUUCCAUCCGAGCUCCGCGAAGAUCUGGAGACGGAGGAACACACCGCAGAUGAGAGGGUGGCCCUGCGGUACGACAAGGGGGGAGAAUUAAGUGCAACUUUUCGUACGAUUACUAAUCUAAUGUACAAGAUUUUAAGUUUAAAGAACCAGCUGCAGAUGGCUAUUCAAGCGGUUAAAGAAGCGGCUGAGAGAGAGGAGCCUGAAACGCCAGCCCAAGAUGGCGCCGAGCAAGAGGGAGACCGCGUGGAAGAACCGGAAAAGAAGGGUGGAGCUUCGGAGGAACCCACGAGAGUUCGGUUGGCGACUCUGCCCAUCGACACAGCGUCGUCUCCGGCAACCCCGCCUAGUGAUGCAGCGCCACCUCAACCGACCGUGCCUUCCUGCCGACGAAGGAGAGAGUCAAGCGGAGGAGUGCAUCCGCCCCUCCUGCCCGAAGCAGCAACAGCAGCAGUAACUCCCGCGGCAGCAGUUCAGCCUAUAACAACAUCAACUCCCAAAAGAGCAGCUUUCCCUACAACAACGUCUAAUCGAAUUGCUACUGCCUACUAUGCUCGCACCAGAGCUGAGUUGCAGGAUUUGUGUAGAGCAUCAAGAAUCCAGCCUGAAGAGACUCUAGCUGUAUGGUUGGGACAUUUGGUCAUGGAACUUGGAUCCGACCUGCUGAACCAGCAAGCUUCCUAGUUAGACGAGCUUUGUGGAGUAGAGGACAUGUCACAGACAUCGACAUGAUAACGGUCAACGUUCACUGGCCUAUUCCACUGCCAGCGCUUGUUGCAGGACUGAUUAGUCAAAAAGCCCACGUAUGGCAUGAAGGACGGCCAGAAUAUACCGGCGCAGAGCAUCUCAUGCUAGCAAUCAUUGGAGUCUCGUACUGUGCCUGGAACCCCAGAGCAUGUGCGCUGGGACUGACAUCACUCCAGCGAAUAAGACCAUGGCCUCACCGUCAUCUAUGAGAUCCUGGAACCGUUCCAAUAACCAUUCACAGCUUAGACAGUUGCCUCGAGAUUUAUGGGCGAAAGAACAUCGUCAUCCUCCGAAUUCUGCUCAGUCCAAUGGUGAACCAACCUGUGAGUAAUCUUCUUUGUCAGUUGUCACGACUGCGUAUCCUGAUGGAGCCAAGAUUAUCUCUUGAUCGGGACUGUCGACACCCGACCAGACUUAAAGGCACCAGACGUCGUGAAUCCGAUCUUCCACCACUGCCACCGAGAACCCUAGAGGAGCGAUACAUGUUUGGAUUUCUCCUACAGCGUUCCGGACUCAACAAGCAGCAGCUUUGGAUUUUAGGGGAUGCAGGUCAAUGGCAAUUGGCCUAUGAGUUAGGUUUUCGUUAUUUAGAGGAGCCAGAUGAUGGAUCCUCAACGAUUUCAUCCAAUUGAGCCUUGAAAAUUUUGUAAAUCUGUUGAAUAAGAUCAUUAAUCUAUUUUUUGAGAGUUUUUUGUUUACAGAUCCGAGAUUCAGAGUGCGUGGCGAAGAGAAGCCCUGAGAUGGAUGACAUCACCGAAAGAAGUGAGGGCCUGACGUACGACUUCGCCAUGACGCCCACUGAAGCCCUGAUCAUGCAGUUUUGUUAUGGAUCAGAUUAUGUGUUUGUGUUAAUUAUUGUUUCUUGAUUAUUAUGUAACUCAAUCCCAGGACAGCGAAUCUUAUGUUUGUUUAUUUGUUUGUUUGCUUAUCUGUUCAUUUGACGACUCACGACAAAGUUCUAGAAUGAUAAGUGUAUAGCAUAAUCUAUGCCCUCAGCAAGGGGGGAUGUCACAACCCAAAGUUGUGAUAUUUUUUGUUUGUGUGUGCUUCGGCACUGCUAAAUUAUUUUUCACGCUAAAUUGCAGCUUCUUUGCACGGUGGAGUUUUCUGCUGUAGAAGAGAACCCCGGUGCAACGGAGAAUUUCCCACCAAUUUGAAGCUUUCUUUGCAUGGUGCAUUUCUUUUGCAUCUAAGAAAUGCACAGUGCAAGGAGUUCCCGCCAUUUGUAUGAAGAUUCGUGCCACAUUAUUGGCCGAUUCUAAUAUAUGCACACGUGACGGCUAGCGAUUGGCUUGCUAGCCGUAUAAAGAGCUUGGGUGGCUUCUGCCCAAGUUGGAGAGAAAUCAGUUGGAGAGACAGCGAGAGGGAGAGCGUGAAGAUCUCUAAGCGCUGCGGAUCCUCACGGACCCAACGCAUUUCUUAAAAGGCAAUAGAGGCUUGAACAGCCUCUAGCCUCUCCCCGUCGCCGAUAAAUUCCUAGACGUAUCCCUUCCUGUACGAGAAACUACCGAACCCGCGGAGCUUCAACAACUCCGGGGAAAAGAAUGAAUUUGUCGUAGUCCUCUAAUGAGGAUUUAAGCGGAGCUGAACCUGGAAACUGUCCAGCCUACACCACGACCAUCUUUGGUGUAAGUAAACAAUCUUUAAAUCAACCACUACACGUCUGUGACUAAUUCUAGCUCGCCCCCGGUCUUCUCCGACCCCGCAUGCCCGGGCUGCUGGCCACAGGCCACAUGCACAAAGACGGGCCCGGAUCGCCCCCAGCCCGCACAGUAACAAGCAGUGCAGCACCUGGCAUUAUUUUAUUGGAAGGGUGGCCUGACACUACUGCAAUGAAACCUCACAAAAUUACACCAUGAGUAUGGUUCUUAAAUGCAUAAGCUGUGGCUCAAAACCAAGACCCUUUGAACUGGUGUGGGAGGUGAGUACCCCCUUGCCAUGAUCAUCUGAGCAAGGCCCAUGUGUUUGCUGUGUAAGCAGUCAGUUGGGACAUAGCCUAGGACACACUCUAGGCAUGUUUAGCAGUUGCUUUCCAAAGGUCAGGAGUGCUGCAGUCUUCUUCCAAAACAGGCUCGUCCUGGUUUCCAAACUCGACUUCUAUGUUCACUUUGACCUUUUACUUUACUUCAUCUGACUUUUUUUCAUGUGUCUAAGGGGAGCAGUUUCAGGAAUGAGGCCUCCUGUAUUUUCAUUCCUGUGCAAUUUAAAAUCCACCAAAAGUUCUGAGGAAAAAAAGGACAGGCCAGUUGGCUGGCAAAGAGCUCUUGGGCUGAAACCAGGCUGGACAUGGAAGAGAUCCAAAGUGCUACAGCUACAGAGCAAGCAAAUGGUCCACGUGGCCCCACGCGUUCUGUCCAUACUCCAAGGCCAUACAGAGCUGCCCCUCCUUCUGCCUUCCAGGCACUGUUCACCAGAAUGGAUGAGGAAAGGUUUCAGGAUGAGCUGCGCCUUUUUAAAGACAGAAACUUCCUCCUGCAAAAGCUGCGCUCCUUCUUCCCAGUCUACUUGCUGCUGGCGCUCUCUCUCCUGUUGACCCUGAUCCUGUUUGGGGUGUCACUGUCCAAAGUUUCAUCGGUUUCUUCUGAACUCCACAAGAAGCAAGCAGAGCUGAAAAAGAACCAUUCCAGCCCGGAUUAUCAGUUGUUUCCUUGCGGGGCAGAGAGCAGAGAGUGGAGGUACUUCAAUGGGAAGUGUUAUUACUUCUCACUGCAAGAGGUGAACUGGCACAAGGCAAAGGAGCAGUGCAAGGAGCUACACUCCCAGCUGGUUGUCAUUAACAACUUGGCUGAACAGAAUUUCCUUGCAUACAGGAUGCAAGGCAGGGAGCGCUACUGGCUUGGACUCACAGAUGUAAACACGGAAGGGAAAUGGGAGUGGAUCGAUGGGACUGACUACAUGAACGGCUUCACGUUCUGGAAGAAAGGAGAGCCUAAUGACAGUGACCACCGUGAGGACUGUGCCCACUUGUGGAACUUGGGAGAGUGGAAUGAUGUAUACUGCAGCUAUGACUGUCACUACAUCUGUGAGAAGCCUGUGCUGGCCUGAGCAGGGCUAGCAUGUGGCUCUCCCAACCCACACAUCAAAGUAGGAGUCUGCGCCAUCUCAGGGGCUGUGCUCUGCACCAACGCUAUACCUGCCUCUCUGCUUUCCCCUCCCUCCCUUCUCCCUUUUAUCUGUGUGUAUGUUCCUGUCCCCUCCCUUGUGGAUUACUGUCUUGGGAGGGGGAUGGACAAACAGACUUUCAUUCUCCCAAAGAACCCAGAUUUUUCACAAAAAGCACUUUGGCAUGAUCCACAAGGCAGCUGGCUGGGAAUUCCCUGCUCAUCGAGCUGGGGUGGCUGGGGAGGGUCCUAUCGAUCUGUGCUGUUCAAGGACUCUGCCUAAUAAAGGUUUAUUACUGCUUGGG